UUCGUGGGCCAGGAAUCUGGAAUACUAAAAAUCUUCGCAAAAAGAUCAUUACAGAUUGAUGAUAAAGUACUAAGUAAGUGUAAAAUAGUGCUCAACGAGCUGAAAGGGCCAAGCAGUCUGCCGGAACCGAAAACGCACAGUGUGAAACGUGGUUCAAUUUUGGAAACGCGGUAAGCCGGUUUCCGGUGAAACACGAUUUGAAAUCAUGCGGUACGGGCAGCUUGUGAUGGGCCCGGCCGGUAGCGGGAAGUCUACUUACUGCGCGACGAUGCAGCGGCAUGGGUUCGACGAUAAACGACUGAUAAAGGUGGUCAAUCUGGAUCCUGCGGCGGAACGCUUCGAUUAUCAGCCGUUUUUGGACAUCCGGGAUCUCAUACAGUUGGAUGAUGCUAUGGAAGAUGAGGAGCUGCACUACGGGCCUAACGGCGGUCUGGUAUUUUGCAUCGAAUAUCUGAUCGAGCAUUCGGAUUGGUUGCGUGAUCAGCUGUGUGGCGUCGGAUCGGAUGAUGAAGAGGACGCGCCGGGUGUGGAGGAACCGGAUGAUGAUUACAUACUGUUCGAUAUGCCCGGACAGAUCGAGCUGUACACACACCUCAAAGCGGGCCACGAUCUGGCACGGCUGCUGGAAUCGUGGAACUUCCGCCUUUGCUCGGUGUUUCUCGUCGAUUCCCAGUUCAUGAUCGAUGGUGCCAAGUUCCUAUCCGGAACGAUGGCUGCGCUCAGUGUGAUGGCCAACAUGGAGUUGCCUCACGUGAACAUUCUGAGCAAAAUGGAUCUGUUGAGUAAAGGCCAUCGAGGACAGAUGGACAAAUUCCUCGAACCCGAUCCACACGCGCUGCUCGGUGAGGUAACCAAUGAGUCGGCAUGGGGCCGCAAGUACCGCAAACUUUCGGAAACAAUCGGUAUGCUGAUCGAAGAUUUCAGCCUCGUUCGAUUCACACCGCUCAACAUCAACGACGAAGAGAACGUGGCAGAUCUGCUGCUGAUGAUCGAUAAUGUGAUCCAGUACGGGGAAGAUGCGGAUAUUAAGAUGCGCGAUUUCGAUCCUCCGGACGAAGACGACGCGAACGACGAUGAUGAUGGGCGGUACUACCGCAACGAUUAGCGUAGUUCGCUUCCG